UCGACAGAAAAGGAGGAGGGGAUAACUUUUUGGGAUUUGGCCCCCGUGGUUCCUUUUCGCCAUAGCGCUCGGUGCUCGCUUGAACUCUCCGUCACUCUCUCUCUCUCUCUCGCUCGCCCUCGCCCGCCCUUGUAGGAGUGUCAGGUCAACCUGAGGAUUUGAGAACCUGUCCGAGGCUCGCUCAUGAUGUACAGCUUCAUGGGAGGGGGGCUGUUCUGCGCCAUCGUGGGGAACAUCUUGCUGGUGGUCUCCGCGGCAACCGACUACUGGAUCCAGUACCGCCUGUCGGGGAGCUUCGCCCACCAGGGUCUGUGGAGGUACUGCAUGUCGGGCAAGUGCUACAUGCAGACCGACAGCAUCGCCUACUGGAACGCCACGCGGGCGUUCAUGAUCCUGUCGGCCAUGUCCUGCUUCGCCGGCAUCAUCGCGGGCAUCUUGUCCUUCGCACAUUUCUCCGCCUUCGAGAGGUUCAACCGCUCCUUCGCCGCCGGGAUCAUGUUCUUUGUUUCGACUCUCUUCGUCCUGCUGGCCAUGGCGGUCUACACCGGCGUGACCGUCAACUUCCUGGGCAAGCGCUUUGGCGACUGGCGCUUCUCCUGGUCUUACAUCCUGGGCUGGGUGGCGCUGCUCAUGACCUUCUUUGCAGGUAUAUUCUACAUGUGCGCCUACAGGAUGCAUGAGUGCAGAAGGGUGGCUGGCCCACGUUGACAACUUGCAAGCAAACAAAGCCAAAAGCGUAAACAUUAUCAUUGUCGAAUAAAGCAAUAGAAUGUUGCUCACGCAAUAAAACAUG